CCUCCCGACAUGACUUGAAAAUUCAGUGGCUCUCGUGAGAAUUAAUUCAUUCAUUGUGAAGCGAUCGGAGUACAGUUUCUAAAUUUUAGAUACAAACACCGGAUGACACUAUAAUUUUCCUACUUAAGGAAUUUUCACUGGAACUAAAUUCAUCUCUUCGCCAAUCUACUCCACAGCCGAUCAGACAACCAGGUGUAAAAUUUGUAGUGCCAUUACGUUACCUUUUAAUUCAUUCGCGAUGACAAGGAUAUCAACUAAGGUAUUUGCAGUUUUUGGUAUAAUUGUAGCAAUAUUUUUGUUUCAAUAUGCAACAUCAGUAUUUCAAAGCACUCUGUUCUCAAGCCCAAGUUCGAUACAACCCAGGGAUAAUCUAUCUUCAACUGAGAAAGCCUUUUCUUCUAUUCAAAGUAACCUUUCAAUAAACACUGCAAAACUUACCAAUGACAUCACAGUAUUGACUGCAUAUUUCAAUAUCGGAGCCUUUGCAAAGGGAUCUUUGGGGAAUAUAUUUACACCUAGUAAGUAUUACGAAUGGAUGUCUGCAUAUGGUAAGAUGCUCAAUAAUCUAGUUGUUUAUACAGAUGAUGAACGUACAUACAAAACUUUUCAGAAGUUAAGGGGGAAUGCUUUCAAAGAACAAACCAAGUUAUUUUUUAUAAACAAGACGGAAUUGUUAUCAUUUCAGAUAGAAAAAAAUAUUUCUGAUAUAUUUAAACAACCUGGUUACCCAAAGCAUCUUCCCAAUACUGUUGUUCCUGAGUACUCUUGUGCCAUGCAUGCGAAAUAUGAAUUGCUUAACCGAAUCAUAAGAAAGAACUUUUUUCACACUAAAUACUUUAUGUGGUCAGAUGCUGGAUUAUUCCGGACACCCCAAAAUUCUUUAUUUAAAUUGGCAUUACCUAAAAAUUUUGAUGAUACAAAAGUUGCUCUCAGCCGAGUGUUUGAUUUUAAUGAGAACUCAACAUAUAAAGACAUUAUUUAUAAUAAUAAUGUGUGGCUUGCAGGUGGCUGCAGUCUUGGUAAAUAUGAUGUUUUGUACAAAUUUACUCAAGAAUAUUUCAAUUUUCUUCAUAAAUCUUUAUCCAUGAAACUAGUAAGUACGGAUCAGCAAAUUAUAUAUGGGAUGUAUGUGGACAAACAAAAGCCUGUGACAUAUCUCCAACUUUAUGAAUCAGGUUGGUAUGCAUUAAGCAAUGCAUGUUAUGAAGCAGGAAAGGCACUAAUUUGAUUAAUUAGUAUCUUCCCUGCUUCAAAAAUAUGAAUGUUGUAAAACAAUGGACAAAAGAAUGUUUGGAAUCAUCACUUUAUUGAGAAGCAUUUCACCUUAUUAUGAUAACAUAAAUAUUUUUCCUUAACUUUCCUUUCUUGCAUUCAUUUUGUUUCGUAUUUAACUACACACACACAACAAACACACAUGUAUAUAGACAUACACGCAUACAUAUCUUUCUUCCAACUAACAUGGAAUGUAUACGUAUAAUAGCAUAUAUAUAUAUAUGUAUAUAUAUAUAUAUAUGUAUAAAAGAUAAUAAGAGUGAAAAAACUACAGAAGGCUUGUGUUACUUGGUUAAAGUAUAUAUUUAAAUUA